CUCGUCACAUUAUUAGUAUGGUAUUAGAAUAACAAUAUCCUAUUCGAAAAAGCAACAGAAAUAUUAUGGACCCCACAUAUGUCUUGUAUUUUGUUGGUUUGUUCAUUUAUACUUAAUUUGUUUAUGUAUAAAUAUGUAUAGCCUCGGUAGAUCUCAUCCUUGGAAUCGGAUUGCAAGAUAAUGGAGUUGGAAAACAAGAACAUGGCCGUGGCAGAUGAUGAAAAUGACGAGAACAAAUCGAAGAAGAUGAAAGUAAAGAAGGUCGGUGGCAUUAGAACAUUGCCAUUCAUUUUUGCAAAUGAAAUAUGUGAUAGAUUUGCAAGCAGUGGGUUCCAUGCGAACAUGAUCUCAUAUUUGACCCAAGAGUUAAAUUUGCCAUUAGUGAAGGCCUCAAACACCCUCACUAACUUUGGCGGCACCGCCAACUUCAUGCCACUCAUUGGUGCUCUCAUUGCUGAUUCAUUUGCCGGGCGUUUUUGGACCAUUGUCGUCAGCUCAAUUGUUUACCUACUGGGGUUAAUGAGCAUAACCACAUCAGCACUGCUCCCAUCGCUGCGGCCUCCUCCAUGUCCAACCCAAACAAACUGUGUUGAAGCCUCAUCCUCACAGUUAUGGAUCCUUUACAUGGCCCUGCUCCUUACCUCUAUUGGCUCCGGUGGCAUCAGGCCCUGCGUCGUCACCUUCGCUGCUGACCAAUUCGACAUGAGCAAGUCCGGAGUGGCCAACCGCGGAUGGAACUUCUUCAACGUUUACUACUUCUGCAUGGGGUUGGCCACGCUCACAGCCUUAACAGUCGUUGUUUACAUCCAAGACAACGUCGGCUGGGGCUUGGGUCUUGGCAUCCCUACGGCUGCCAUGGCAAUAUCCAUUGUAAUCUUCCUAAUCGGCUCGCCGCUUUACAAGAAGAUCAAAGCUGGGGGAAGCCCUCUUGUUAGAUUGGCUCAGGUGGUUGUCGCGGCAGUCAAGAAAAGGGACGCAGUGGUCCCCACUGACCCUAAACUCUUGUAUCAGAAUAGGGAGCUCGACGCUGAUAUUUGUUUGCAGGGAAGUCUUAUGCACUCCCAUCAAUUCAAGUGCUUAGAUAGAGCAGCUAUUGUAACCCCAGGCGACGAGACUAAGAACACAACAACCCCUCCAAAUCUAUGGAGACUAUCCACCAUCCACCGAGUAGAGGAGGUAAAAUGCAUCAUUAGAAUGCUUCCCAUUUGGGCCUCUGCAAUCCUACUUGUCACUGCCCAAUCCCACCAACACAGCUUUGUCAUCCAACAAGCCCGAACCAUGAAUCGCCACGUGGUUGUCAAUUCCUCUUUUGAAAUCCCUCCAGCAAGCCUCUCCAUCUUUGGCACUAUCACUGUCCUUGUUGGCCUUAUUUUCUAUGAACGCCUCUUCGUACCUCUAGCCCGCCGUAUAACAAAAAACCCCGUUGGCAUCACGUGCCUCCAGAGGAUGGGAGUAGGAUUUGCGGCCAACAUCUUCUCCACUAUUGUAUGCGCCUUUGUAGAAAUGAAGCGAAAAUCGGUGGCAGCCAACCAUGGUUUGCUCGAUGACCCUAAAGCCAUUGUCCCCAUUAGUGUUUUCUGGUUGAUCCCUCAAUUUUUCCUGCACGGGGUGGCUGAGGUCUUCAUGUCUGUCGGCCACAUUGAGUUUCUCUAUGAUCAAUCACCAGAGAGCAUGCGAAGCACAGCGGCUGCAUUGUAUUGGAUUACGAUUUCUAUAGGAAAUUAUGUUGGAACGUUAGUGGUUACUCUGGUUCAUCAUUAUACUGGGAGUGGUGACGACAAUUGGGUGCCUGAUAGAAAUCUUAAUAGGGGAAAGUUAGAAAAUUACUACUUCCUCGUAAGUGGAAUUCAAGUUGUUAAUUUAGUGUACUAUGUUGCAUGUGCAUCGUUUUAUUCAUACAAACCAUUAGAGGAGGUAAUUAUUAAAGAAGAAGACGUUGAAUUAAAGAAUGAUGAAGAGACACCCAAGGAGGUUAGAAUGUGACAAUAUGUAAUACUGGUUGGAAAGUUAAAAUAUAUUUUUAUACCACAUAUAAGUAAAUUAUUUAUCAACAAUGAGAUAGAAUUUAUUUUGUGUCUCGUAA